UCCACCACUAUCGAACUGAGCCAGGCUUUGGGCGUUGUUUUCAUAGCUGCAAAGUGGCUGAAAUUUGAGAAUUUCGGUACUUUUGAAUUAUAAUUUACCUGAAUGGGACUUGUGCCAAUAUCAGUGACCACCAAUCGUGUGCAAAUGACAAGUGAGCAUUGUGCAGCAGGCUAUUGAGCGCUUUUUCAAGUACCACACCCCUAAAAGACUAUGUCCACAAUCGAAGAGGAACGCAAGGCGUACGAAAAGAAUCCCUACUUCACCGGCCACAUCUACGGCAACUUUUCGCCGUUUUAUGUGACCAUAUCCAUCUGCACGGUUGUCCUGCUCACGAUCAUUAUCUUGAAUAUCAUCCUCGGCUGCUGCUCCAAGCACCGCAAGUACUGGCAGGACAGGCACACGGGAAACCGCUGGUUGGUCUCCAUUUGGUCAGCCACUCCGCAUAACCAGCCGCCACUUGAUUUCACCGAACUGAAGGACGCUUCAUACUUCCAGCGUUUCCAUCCCACAACUCAUCAACAAGUGUUCCCUGACGACGUUGUGAUUGGCGUUGACGACUUGGAGCCUGUCCACCCGGGUUCUCAUCACCACCAGCAGCAGCACCAGCGACCGCCACGCCCAGAAGGACGCACUUUGCACCAGCAACGCCAGCGUGAGGAAUACGUGGAGCUGCAGAAGCGCGAGAGCGACAUUUAA